AUGAGGGUGAUAAAAGAGAGUUCCAGAGUUAUCAAGCCAAUCUACGAAGGCACUCCUCCCUCAACCACACACCACAUUCCUUUAAGUGUCUUUGACAAAGUCACCUACAACACCCAUAUAGCUGUGAUCUAUGCCUACCGCCCCCCAACGCCACCCAAUAGAGCCUUAGAGUUGGGUCUCCAAAAGGCCUUAUCCGUGUAUAGAGAAUGGGCUGGGAGGCUAGCUAAGGACGACAAAGGUGAAAUUGUUAUUCUUCUCAAUGAUGAAGGUGUUAGGUUUGUGGAGGCCUCAGUGGAUGGCACUCUUGACCAAGCCAUGCCAUUAAAACCCUCACCAUCAUUACUUAGCCUCCAUCCCAGUACGAAAGGUGUGGUAGAAUUGGUACAAGUUCAGAUCACUAGGUUCACAUGUGGCUCCAUGGUGGUGGGCUUCACAGCCCACCACCUUGUGGGUGAUGGCCAAUCUGCAAGCAAUUUCUUGGUUGCUUGGGGUCAGGCUUGUCGUGGAGUCAAGAUCAACCUAAGACCAUUUCAAAAUCGUAACAUUUUUACUCCUCGAAACCCCCCAAAGUUUGAGUUUGAGCAUAGAGGUGUUGAAUUUAUAAGUAAGAAAACUCAAAAAGAUUAUGCAAUUGAUAAUAAUGUCAUAGAUGACAUUGUGGUGCACAAAGUCCAUUUUACCCUCGAGUUUCUAGCCAAACUCAAGGCAAAAGCUUCGUCCAUGAAUGGUGAAAACAAGCCUUAUAGUACUUUUGAGAGCUUGGUGGCUCAUCUUUGGAGGGUCAUAACCAAGGCUCGAUCACUCAGCAGUCAUGUGACCACUCAUGCUAGAAUCUCUGUCAAUGGCCGAGCAAGAUUGAAUCCUAGAGUCCCCAAUGAGUAUUCUGGGAACUUGGUGCUCUGGGCCCUCCCGAGAACUAAGGUGAAGGAUCUUCUUCGUGAGCCACUACCCUACGCAGCAAAACUCAUCCAUGACGCUGUUGCAAAAGUGAAUGACAACUACUUCAAAUCAUUCAUUGACUUCGCCAACCACAAGGUGGUGGAGGAAGACCUAAUUCCCACGGCAGAUGCAGACAAGUCCACUCUUUUCCCUAAUAUAGAUGUGGAUAGUUGGCUCCGGUUUCAAUUCUAUGACCUUGAUUUUGGGGAAGGGUGCCCUUACAUUUUCUUACCAUCAUACUUUCCUAUGGAGGGGUUGAUGUUUCUCUUACCAUCCUUCAUCGGCGAUGGAAGUAUAGACGCUUUCGUAACUUUGCUACGAGACCACUUGGAUUCCUUCAAGCAAAUAUGCUAUUCCUUGGACUAG